GCCAGUUUUUGAGUUUUGAUUAACCUAAUUUGUACAAGCACUUGUCAAUUAACCGAUAUUGCCUGGAAAUAAAAUGCAAGAAGAUAAAAAUGCAAUUUUUCAAAUGCGAUUUCCACAAAAAUUGUGGCAUUUACUAAAUAUGCACACAGAUGCAUUACUAUGGGGUGGAACAGGGCGGACGAUAUUAUUAAAUUAUCGAAUUCUUCAUAGUUAUCUCCAGUGCAACGAUUCCAUUUUUAAAACAACAAAUAUAUCUAGUUUUGUACGGCAAUUGAAUUUAUACGGAUUUCGUAAAGUUACCUCACAUUUGCAAGACCCUUUAUGUAAUUCUAGUAACCCUUAUAUGCAUGAAUAUGUACAUGAUUAUUUUCAGUAUGGAAGGCCUGAAUUGUUGAAUAAAAUUACUAGAAAAGCUUUAGCGAUGAAAAAGAACUUCAAACCAAAGAUUUUAUAUGAAGAAACAGAACAAACUCUUUAUUUCACACCUCUUCAAAAAGCGCGACAAGCCUUGCGGGAUGCGUUGAAAAAUGCAGCCCAAGAAAUGUUUACGCAGAAUUUACCUAGGCAGUUUUGUAGUAUCAGGUUUGAACCUGAAGAUGGCCAAGACGACUAUUGUGAAGAUGAAGACAAUAUAGAAUUUGAUUGGUUUACAAAUAAUGAACAUAAAAAUACGGAAGAAUUUCCACAAAGAGCGACUGACGAAAACACUGUUAAUUUGGUCAACAAUGAAACUUUUGAGAAUUCGUCACAAGAUAAUUUGAUGGACUUCAAUGAUGAAACCAGCCAACAAAACAAUGAUAAUUUCUCAGUUCAAUUUUUGAGUAUGCCAGAAUUAGACCCUGAACCUGAGGCAAAUAGACACAUAGAAUUACUAGCAGGAUUUGAUAUAGAAAACAACACUCAUCAGAAUACAAUAACAAAAAUUGUGAAAGAGAAUGAACAUCAUUCUUUGAACUGUGUGCUUCCAUCUAUAAGUAAUGAUGCAACCAUAAGUUCUCAGAUGGAGAAAAUAAAUGACGAUUCAAAUCAUUAUCAUGGUGAAUGGGAUCAGAUGUUCAGUGAUAUGAUUACUUACAAAAGCCCCAACCAAGAAUGUGGCUCUGACUUGAAAGAAUUAUAUUCACAGAUUUCAAAAACAAUAGAUUUGCUUAAUUCCUAGUUUAAUAGACUUAUUAACUUCAUAUCUAACAAUAAAACAUUUUUGUUAUUUGAAGUGUAUUCCUUAUUAACUGUGUAAAAAUGAGAACUGAAGUACA